AUGGCGACCCUGUCCACCGCCCAGAGAGCAGCCCGGGUGAUGAGGUGGGCUGGACCGCUGGAGAGCACCACCCUUCUGGCCUUUCGUAGCUUUAGCAGCUCGUCAGGAGAAGCAGCAGGUGCAGGUGGCCAGGCGCUUGGGCUCGGCAGCUCCGCCGGCGCCGCCAGCCUCGACGCCGCCGCCGAUUCGCUGGCGGUAGCCGCCGACGGCGCGACUGCCGCCGCUGCAGCAGCAGCGGGCGGUGGCGGCGACCCUGGAGCUGUGCUGGGGGCAGCCAUGGCUGCCGUGGAUGGGCUGCACGCCGCCACGGGGCUGCCCUGGUGGGCCACCAUCUGCUCAGUGGGUGUGGCGGUCCGCGUCGCCAUGUUCCCCGUCUCGCUGCAAGGCAUGAAGGCCAGCGCGGCGCUCAUGCCGCUGCUGCGCCAGGCGCGUGACGAGGUGGCAGCCAGCAUGCGGCGUCAGCUCAAUGCGGCGGCACCGGCAGCGGCGGCAGGCGCCACUCAGCAGGAGGAGGCGGAGCGGCACGGCGGCGGCAGCAGGCAGCAGCGCUGGCAGCGAAAGCAGCAGGCGGCGGCGGCGGCGGUGGCAGCAUUACAGCAGCAGCAGCAGCAGCGGGCUGCGGGCAGCCCGUCGCCGCUGCCGCCGCCGCCGCCAGGCCCCUCCAUGCGCCAGAUCCUGGCUCGCUUCCACCAGCUGCGGCAGGCUGCGGGUGCGCCGCACCCCGCCUGGGCGCUGGCCUCUCCCCUGGCCCAGCUGCCCGUCUUCAUCACAGCCAUGGCCGCCAUCCGCACCAUGAGCCUCAGCGGCUGGCCCGGCUUCAGCACCGGCGGCGGCGCCUGGUUCCCAGACCUCACCCUGCCAGCCAUGGACCUGGCUACCUGGACCGCGCCCAUGGGCAUGGCGGGCGUGGUGCUGCCUGUGGGCAUCGUGCUAUCCAUGCUGGCAAACAUAGAUGCGGCGUUCACAGGCAAGCGCGCCUGCCGCAUGGUGGCCGGCUGGCAGCAGCUGGAUGCAAAGCGGCGCCAACUGCCGGCGGGCUCGCGCCAGCAGGCCAGCGUGAUGCUGUGGGUGAUGGGAGGGCUGCGCCUGCUGCUGGAGUGGAUGAUGGUGCCGCUGUUUGCCAUCGCGCUGCAGCUGCCCCAGGGCGCGCUCUGCUACUGGGCCGCCGGCAGCGGCCUGGCGCUGCUGCAAAACCACGCGCUGAAGCAGCCCGCGGUGCGGCGAGCCGUGGGGCUGCCCACCGGCACGCAGCAGCCGACGGCGGACGCCGCGCCGGCCCGGCCGGCGCCCGAUGCCGCUGCUGCGGCGGCCGCUGCGGUGGCUGCGGGUGCGGUGGGCCCCAUUGCCGCUGGCGUGGACCCCGAGCUCCGCCACUUCCUGCUCACCACCUCGGACCAGGCGGCGCUGUUUGACAGGGUGGCGCAUCUGAGGGCCGAGGGCCGCGCGGGCGCCACCUGCACAGUGCUGCAGCGCCUGCUGCAGCUCUACCCUGGCCAGCCCAACGCGCUCUACGCGCUUGGACAGCUGGAUGCCCAGUCGCGGGCUCGCGCCUGGUUUGGGGCGGCGGUGGCGAUGCACAUGCAGCAGGAGCACGACGCCGCCAUCCACACCUUUGGGAAAGCGGCGGAGGCGGCUCAGACGGACGAGCUGCGGGUGCGGUGCUGGGUGUCCCAGGCCACGCUGCACCGCAAGCUGGGCCAGCUUGAGGCGGCGGUGGAGCUGCUGAGGCGGGCGGCCAAGGCGGAGCCAAAGGUGGAGCAGGCUUACUUGCAGCCACUGCUGGCGGAGAUGGCAGGGCAGCCGCCCGGGGAGGGCGCCCAGCUGGAGGGUCAGCCGCAGGAACAGUCGCAGGGGGAGGAGGGGGAGGAGGCUGAGGCCAGGCGGCAGGGCGAGAAGUGA